AGUCAAGAUGGCGGCCCCCUGCGAGCAGAGGAGCGCCGUGACACGGCGGCCGUGGUGAGAGCUGAGGGCGGCAGGGUCUCAGCUGGGGCCGGCGGGGUGGGUUUCCGCUGGCCGUAAGGUCGGAAGAGGGCUGGAUCUUCUCAGUCCUGCAGCUUGAGGGGAGCUGUGGCGCCAGCCCGGGCUGAGCGUUGGCGUUGAAAUGGCGGGUCUGGCCGAGGGCUUCUGCCCGGAGCCCCCGGACCCGGGCUGCGCCUCCUCCCGCGGGGCCAUUAGGUUCUUCCCGCUGGUCUCCAGAUGAGCUCCAGUGGUAAACGGCAUCCAGUUCACACGUGGAAACAAACGUACAGGUUGAAUAAUUACAUCCUGAUAUGGCUUCUCUUCAGAACUCAUGUUUUUUACUUUUAUUUCUAAUCUAAUGCUUAGCUGAGAGGCUUCUGAGAGCUUCUCAGUAUUUGCUUUACGCCAUAAACAAAAGUUAAGUGUCAUCACUGCUGCAAUGUCCUGGGUACAAGUUGUAGCCAAUCGAUCCAAUGAGGACAUAUUUGAUGAAGAUGCAGAUGAGAUGUAUCCAGUACAGAAAGAAUGGAAUAACACCAUGAGAAAAAGAUUGAAGGAGGGCUAUAGAGAUGGCGUUGAGGCUGGGAAAGAACUUGCACUGCAGGAAGGCUUCAAUCAAGGUUAUAGACAAGGUGCUGAGCUGAUGGUUGCAUGUGGCCAAUUCAGAGGGACCCUUAAUGCUCUCUUAUCCUGGUGUCAUCUUAAUGGACAUGAUUCUGCUUUAAGAAAGAUAAAUAACCUUCUAGAGGUCAUUGGGAAGCACGAAGAAGACCUACUUAAGUGUCUGAAUUCUGUUCAACUACAGCCAAACGUUGGAGACAUUUUAGAUUCCAUUCAGGACAUGGACCUUAGUCAUAUAGCUCCAGCUGGAGUAGACUGCAGUGAAGUUAAGGCUGAAAAAUAUGGACAUGUUGGCAGCUCUGAUGAAAAUUGUUGUAGAAAUAAUGGUGAAGAUGGUUCCUUGCAGUUUGACUGCAACAGGGAGAAACUCUUUACAGAUCCUGACAAGUCAACUCUUGCUUGGGUUAAAAAGCAAACUCUUUGGUUGGUAGAACAACUGGGCUUAUCACUGGACAUACUCCAUCACAUCCAGCAACUGGAACAUUAGUUCUUCUGUCUUGUGCUAUUUCAAGUUACCUCAGCUGGAUUGGAUUCUCACUUUUUGGGUCCAGGCUGAUGAAUCACUUCACUUUAGGGAAGUCUGAUCUGAUGCUUCCCAGCAGAGGUUGUAAGUCUUACCAUGCUUUGUUUCCUGGCCAAAAAAAUCCCUGGUUUCAAUCAGAAACAUAUCUUCUACAAAAAAAAAGGAGAUGAUUUUUAAAGCUCUGCAAUGAUUCACUGUCAUGUCUCUUAUCUAUGUUUAAAUCUGUCCUUUCACCUGACUCUAUCUGUUGGUAUCUUUUUGGAAACGGAGUAGGUCCCUCAAGCAACAUCUACUACUAGACAAAAAAACAGAACACUGUCCAUUGCUGCAGACAAGCUAGUCUUGCAAAAUGGUCUGCUUUUGAGUACACGCUAACCAUACAAAACAGAACAGGUGCUGCUGAUUUUCAGAGUGCCAGGAGUUUUAUUAGUCAUUAUAUUAAAAAAAUAAUAAUUUCUUCAUAUUUUGCCAGAUUUUUUCUCUUAUCUUUUAUAAUCACUGUGUAAUUCACUUUCACAGUUUUUUUUUUUUCCCCUUCUUCAUACAGGUCUAUUUAUUUCACUUUGCAGGAAGCAUAGCACUCUUCUCAAAUGCCAAACUUGCAUUGCUUUGCUGUUCUAACAGAAAACUGACUGGUCUUACCCCUUUAGACCACAUCAUGCAAUUUCUAGUCUAAUGAAUGCCCUUGUGUUAUUUUUGUAGUUAUUUACUAGUCCCUUAAUCUUGAACUCACUCUUGUUUACAGUGCAUUUUUCAAACUCUAGAAGGAAGCCAGGUUUAUUCACCAUCUCCUGAAAACCUGGUUAGCCAAACAUGCAUCUAAGAACUUUGUAUUUCUGUUCUAACAUUCCAUAUAUAAUUUCUUUUCCUUUUAUUUGCUGUAAGGAUAGGAGGCAGCAGAUAUAGUUGCUUUAAACCAGUUUUGGAUCACCCAAGAAAGGUAGCAGUAAUAAAGAAGGAAUCCCUUACCUUUUUCUGAGGAUCAGGGCUCACCAAGCAUCCCAAAGAGUGAUGGCUAGGUAGUGAUGCUUUCCUUAGGGCUGCCAUCCGUUAAGUAAAGUUAGGUAGGGGUGGACCCAGGGAUAGAACCCUCCCAGUCACCCAGGCAAAUUGCUUCCACCUGUGCCCCCUGGGCUGGCUACACCCCUUCACCAUGACCUAAUGGUUCCCAUACACGUGCCUUAACUGUAGCUGCAAAUUCCUCUGGUUAGAUAUUCACAAGAUUCCCUAUCUCUCUUUUAUAGUAAUUAAUCACUAAGUCAAGAGUUCUUGUACUUUAUUUUGCUUUUCAAUUUCUUACAUGUCUAAGACAAAGUAGGUCUAGACAGAAAAAACUUAAGUUUUGAACAACUGACUUAACUAGAACUAAACAAAAAAAGAAAAAAGUCAGAGUAGUUUUAUACUUUGAAGCCAAAACCAAGAAGCAAGAAUUAAAAACUGGUUCUCUGGAAAAAAUAAUGUAAGUUUUUUUAAUAAAAACUAUUAUCCUGCCAUGGAGUUGUUAUACUUUAAGUUUGGUUGCUAUUCGGUACCACUUUCCACAUUAGAGAAAAAAAAAAUUGAACUGUGCAAUUAAAAAUCCCAUACUGAACUUGUUACUGAAAUAGUGGAAUUGAAUAACGCUAUUUGCAUAUAUUAUAUAUGACAGAAUUGUUCAAACAGCUUUUUCUCAAUUUAUUUAGCAUAAUACUGACAUUGAUAAAUACUUUUUUGUUUGUUUAUAGUACAUGUGUUACGUUACAACCUGCAUCACAUAAAUCAAACUGAUUUUUUUUUUCUAUCCUACAGAGGAAUAUGAUGAAACAAAAAAGCGGUUACCAGAGGAAAAGUACAAGUUGAAGAGCAUUAUUUUGAUGUAGUUAGUAGUGCAUAAACAGGAAACUCCAUUCAGACAUUAAGUAGACAGCGAGCUUGCCAAGUUCUCUCCAACUGCUAUUGCAAAAGCAAACUAUGCUUAAGAAUGUAUUCCUUUCUUGCUUGAUUAUUAAACAAUAGAUUACGUGA